AUGGAGGGAGCUGUAGGAGCUAUUGUUGAACUUCUAAAAUUGAUAGCAGCUCCACUUGGCAAAUGUGUGAAAGAUCAUAGAGGAGUUAAAGAGUACGUGAAAACUCUUGAUGAAAACUUAGAACGAUUAAAUUGUCGAAAGGAAGACGUUGAAGCCAAAAAAAGAGCAGAGCUUGUUCCAAAAACAAAAUUAAAGAAAGAAGUUGAGCUUUGGUUGGCAAAGACACAGAAAAUCAACGAAGAAAUAACUAUUAUCAAACAGAAAGUGGAAAAAGGGAACUAUUUAUGCCGAGCACGCCUGGGAAGUACUGUUCUUGAAAAGAUACAAGAAGUGGAAGCACAUUAUCAGAGGGGUGUUUUUCUUGAUGGUGUUGUGGAAGUUGAUACUCAACCUGGAGAUAUAUUGCCAACAACAGCAUUAGUAGAGAAAACAUCUGAAAGAAAACUGGAAGAGAUUUGGACAAGCUUGUUGGAUGAUGAAGUUAGAAAGAUUGGAGUUUAUGGAAUGGGUGGGAUAGGUAAAACGACUAUAGUAAAACAUAUCAACAAUCGAAUUUUAGAAAAGAAAGAUAACUUUGAGAAUGUAAUUUGGGUAACGGUAUCCAAGGCCUCUGAUGUUAUCAAAUUACAAGAUGCAAUUGCCUGCAAGUUGGAUCUAGAUAUAUCCAAAUAUGAUGAUGAAACAACCAGGGCAUCGAAAAUAUAUACAUCACUAAGCGAAAAGAAAAGGUAUGUGCUCAUCCUUGAUGAUCUGUGGGAAGUAUACCGCUUGGAGGAUGUAGGAAUCCCUGAACCUACUUCUACAAAUGGAUGCAAGUUGGUAUUAACAACUCGAUCUCUCAAUGUUUGUCGUGGUAUGAACUGUAAAAGUAUUCGAAUGGAGCUUCUAACAGAAGAGGAGGCAAAAAUGUUGUUCAUGGAUAGAGUUGGUCACGAUGUUUUAGGCACUCCAGAGGUGGAACCAAUUGUGAAUGAAAUUGUUGAAGAAUGUGGACGUCUACCUCUUGCCAUCAUCACAAUAGCAGGAGGGCUAAAAGGUGUUACUGAUUAUCGUGAAUGGAGGACUGCAUUACAAGAGUUAAAGUCAUCCAUGAAAGGGCCUAAUGACUCUGGAAAUAGGAUCCUUGAGCAAUUGCAGUUCAGCUAUAAUCGCUUAAAUGAUAAGAAACUUCAAGAUUGUCUCCUAUAUUGUGCACUGUAUCCUGAAGAUUACGAAAUUCCCAGAGAUGAGCUGAUACAACAUUUGAUCGAUGAACGAAUUAUAGAGGGAAUGAAAACUCGACAAGUAGAGUUUGAGAAGGGACAUAGUAUGCUGAAUAAGCUUGAAAAUGUGUGUUUAUUAGAAGGUUGGCUUAGCGAAUAUAAAAGGACGUACUUGGUGAAGAUGCAUGAUUUGAUAAGGAGCAUGGCACUCCAAAUUGCAAGUGUAAAUCCAGGAUAUCUGAUAGAAGCUGGAGCAGGAUUGGAAGAAAUCCCAGAUGAAGAAAAUUGGGCAGAGGAUCUUGCUAGGGUUUCUUUGAUGAGCAACAAGAUUUCAUGUAUUUCUUCUGGUGUAUCACCAAGGUGUCCUAGACUUUCAACAUUGUGGUUGAAUAAUAAUAUACUGCUAACAAGUAUUCCAGAUUGUUUCUUUGUUCAUAUGAACGCGCUCAGUGUUCUUAAUCUAUCCUAUACAGAUAUCGAAUAUCUGCCCGAAUCAAUAUCUGAAUUGGUGAAUCUCACUGCCUUGCUGCUUAAGAAAUGUUGGAGGCUGAAUAAACUGCCAUCUUUGGCAAAUCUCAAGGCUUUAAGGAGGCUGGAUUUUUGUGACACAAAAAUUUCACAAGUUCCACAAGGUACAGAAAUGCUGGUCAAUCUGAGAUACCUCAAUCUCAGCACCAAAUAUCUAGAAAUCAUACCUGGUAGUAUUCUGCCAAAACUCUCUCUCCAGUUCCUUGAACUUCAAGCAAAAGUGAAAGUAGAAGAAUUAGCAACAUUGAGAAAACUGGAGACUUUGAAUUGGAUUCUCUAUGAUAUCAAUCUCUUUAAUAGUUAUGUGAAAUUGUUAGGCAAGAGGAGACCCUCCAACUAUGUUCUUAUGGUGGGAUUUAACAUCAUAUAUGAUGAAUUCCAAUACAACAAAAUUGUGUUUCUGAAGAACUGCAACGUAAAUGAAAGCAUACCAGAAGAAUACCGUCUUCUGCUCCCCGAAGAUGUGGAGUUCCUGCGUUUCGAAGAGUGUCAUGACGUGAAAAGCUUAUGUGAAGUUUCGUCAUUAAAGAAUGCAAUUGGGUUGAAGGCUUGUAGUAUUUUCAACUGUGCUGGGAUAGAGCAUGUCCUUACUUCUUCUUGCACCGAUCCUCUUCUUCAAAGACUUGAAUCAAUCUGUCUUUUUUACCUCAAGAACUUAUGUGGUCUGGUGCUGAAAGAGAGAGGAGCAUCAUUUCUACGUCCUCCUCAAACUUUUUCCUCUCUCAGAGAAAUUUCAGUAACAUAUUGUCCAAACAUAAAGAAAUUGUUCACGCUUUCCUUGUUGGUGUACCUCCAAAACCUGGAGAAGUUAUAUGUCUCACGCUGUGAGCAAAUGGUGGAAAUCAUAGCACCUGAUGAAGAUGAAGAAGAAGAUCAAAUUCAAGGAGAAAGUGGUGGUAGUAGCAAAUUCUACCUACCUAAACUGAAGAUUUUAAAAUUGUGGCUGCUACCAGAACUAGAGAUUCUCUACAACAGUAGGAAAGCACUGGUUGUUGAUUCUCUCCAAGAGAUUUACAUAUUUCAAUGUUUAAAUGUAAGAAGGAUCCCUUUCCUUGAUGUGGAACUGCACCCUCGUUCUCUAGAGAAGAUCUAUGUCAAAAAAGAAUGGUGGGAAUCACUGGAAUGGGAUCACCUUGAGGCUAGAAAUUAUCUUCAACCCUUCUGCAUAUGGAUCAGUUGA